AAAAAAAUUCGGCAAAACUUUUAAUCAAUUUGAAGUUUUUCGCCCCUAUUUUCCUCUUUAAAAUCCCCAAAAUAAAAUCUUGCCCUAAAGAAGUCUCCCUCUCGAGAGAGUGAUACUACUAUUUCGUGACCAGCUUUAAUGGCUAAUCCGGAGGUGGAAGCGGUGGAUUUCGAGCCGGAGGAUGACGAUUUGAUGGACGAGGACGUCGACGGGGCGGCUUCGCCUCGGGCACCAAUUCCUAAGCUCAAGUCCGCCAUCACCGGCGGCUCCUCUUCCUCCUUCUCCGCCGCUAAGAAGACUAAAGGCCGCGGCUUCCGUGAGGAGGCCACCACUGCUGACCGAAAUGCUCGCAUGUCUGCUCCUUUUGACUCGCUGGACUCCGAAGGCGGCCCUGGUCCUGAACGAUCAAUCGAAGGAUGGAUUAUAUUGGUUACUGGAGUUCAUGAAGAGUUACAAGAAGAUGAGCUGUUGAAUGCAUUUCGUGAGUUUGGAGAGAUUAAAAACUUGCAUUUGAAUCUUGAUCGCAGGACUGGAUUUGUCAAGGGUUAUGCACUUAUUGAGUACGAGGACCGCGAAGAAGCAGAGAAAGCCAUACACGAAAUGGAUGGAACUGAAUUCUACACCCACACUAUACAUGUUGAUUGGGCAUUCAGCAAAGGUCCAUUUAAAAGGAAGAAUAUGAGGAGGAGAUCUCCACGUGGUCAUCGCUCUAGAAGCCCAAGGAGAAGAUUUUAAUCACUUCCUUUUGAUGUUUGAGGUUCCGAUAUGGGUUAAGAGAAAGAAGCCCUUAUGUAUGCUGGUUAACUAAUUUUGUAUGAUUACAGCUGGAGGAUACUGUUAAUUUCCUUUCUGCUCUUUGUUUAUUGCUGCAGUGGAGGCCUCUGAGAUUCUCUUGAUUGUGCUGCAAUUUUAUUUGGCCACCCAUUUUAGGAUGGCAUAGGAUUGAUUUUAUUCAGGAGUCUAUGUGAACAAAUGAGUGAUUUCUGUCGCUUUUGCUGAUGCUGUCAGAUUAGAUGGGGCUUGGUUGUUUACCUUGUCUGCUUUGCUUGUCUUGUUCUCUUCUUCUCCUAGCUAGUAAAAUGUUUUCAUGCUUGCAUCGGAUGA